CUAAUUGCUUUGUAGAUAGUGACCAUUUCAUUUUAAAAGCUGAAAGAAAAUACCUCAACUGCGGCCUCAACCCUUUCUUCCUUGGUGACCAUCUCAUUUACUUCAAUUAUCCAUCUCUCUCUCUCCUGCUUCUUCUGCUACUGCUGCUGCUUCUUGAUCUUCUUUAUAUACUUAUAAAUGAGAUAUAGAUAGCUAGCUAUAGCUUGUGGAACUGAACCAUCAAAAAAAUUUUGUUCUCUUUCCAUGGAGCUCAAGUGUAGCAUCGCCCCCAUCUUUCUCCUAUUCCUCCUCCUUGUCUUGCCUUACAUUUCAAGAGGGGGUUCUGAAGUAGAAGAGUCAGAGAUUUAUGAUAUUGAUUAUAGAGGACCUGAGACUCACUCUUCUGCUAUGCCUCCUCCCGGGAGUUCUCAUGGCAGACCUUUCAUUCACGGAGAUCAAGCAGCUAUGGCAGCUCGUAAAUCUAAAGGCAAUGGAGAAAAUGCCAAGAAAAUCCAUGGAUGAUGAGCAAAAUUAUGGAAAUAUUAAUUAAAGUUGAAUUAGUUCGAUCUUUAAAUGAAUUUGGAUUUGGAGUUUGUGUAAUUGUAGUUAUGGUUGCAAGGACAUGGAUAUAUCAAGAAUUAAUGAUUUGUGAAUAUAAUUAAUUAUAAGAUUGUAUUAAAUUAAGAUUCUUAUGCAGCUAAAUGUUAAUUGGAUUAAUUUUCGCUUU